AUGAAAGGGUUGAUCGACAGGGGCUCCGACGAGCUUCUUUCGCAGAGUGGCGUCACCGUCAUGGCGCCCGCCGCUCCACAUCAUGCUGAUAACAACAACCAAGACUCCGCCGCCAAAAAGGUGAAACUGGAACAGAAUGUGGGGAAGCCUUCACGCGUCAUCCACAUACGGAACAUACCAAACGAGACGACUGAAGCGGAGAUCAUUCAGCUCGGCCUACCAUUCGGUCGAGUCACCAACGUACUUGUGCUGAAGGGAAAAAAUCAGGCAUUCCUAGAGAUGGCGGAAGAAAUAUCAGCGGUGGCGAUGGUUGCGUACUUCGGCGGCUGCGUGGCGCAACUUCGCGGGCGCGCCGUCUACGUGCAGUUUUCAAACCAUAAAGAGCUCAAAACUGAUCAGACUCAUAGCAACGCUUCGGCAUCUGCUCAGGCGGCACUGCAGGCGGCGCAGGUGAUAUCCAACAGCGCGGGGGCGGCUCUGGUGGCCGGCGCUGCUGCGGCCCUGCAACCUGCGAAUGGUGGCACCGAAAUACAGGGUGGCCCGAACACGGUGCUCCGUGUAAUUAUAGAGCACAUGCUGUACCCGAUUGUACUCGACGUACUCUAUUCUAUUUUCCAACGGUACGGAAAAGUACUGAAAAUCGUCACAUUCACUAAAAACAAUUCAUUUCAAGCUCUCAUCCAAUACCCUGACACUGUGUCGGCGCAAACGGCAAAGACGGCUUUGGACGGACAGAACAUUUACAACGGAUGCUGCACAUUGCGCAUCGACUACUCCAAGAUGACCUGUCUGAACGUGAAGUACAACAACGACAAGUCCAGGGAUUACACGAACCCCACGCUGCCAUCUGGCGACGGUGACGCGCAUCAGCUGUUGACCAGUGAGUUGACGCCACAGCGGGCUCGACUCGCGCUGGCCCUCGCAUCCAGAAUGAGUGGUGGGGUAUUGGCUCCGCCAUUUUUAGGAUUGGGAUCCGGACUGGCAUCACCAUAUGGUGUGGGUGUUGGAGGGGUGGGACUGCCAGCUUUCGGUGCUCUCACAUUGACUCCUGCCUCUCCAGCACUUCGAGCCCUCGCAGCUCCGCCGCUGCCUUUAGCUACAGUGCUUCUCGUCUCUAAUCUCAACGAAGAGAUGGUCACGCCUGACGCUCUCUUUACCCUUUUUGGUGUUUAUGGCGAUGUACAACGAGUGAAGAUCCUCUACAACAAAAAAGAUUCAGCUCUAAUUCAAAUGGCGGAGCCGCAUCAAGCUCAUCUGGCUAUGACCCAUAUGGAUAAGCUGCGCGUGUUCGGGAAGGCGAUGCGCGUGAUGCUGAGCAAGCACCAGACCGUGCAGCUGCCCAAGGAAGGCCAGCCCGACGCUGGACUCACCAGGGACUAUUCCCAGAGCCCGCUGCAUAGAUUCAAGAAGCCGGGCAGCAAGAACUACCAGAACAUUUACCCGCCGAGCGCGACCUUACAUCUCUCCAACAUUCCAGCGACCGUCUCGGAGGACGAUAUCAAGGAGGCGUUCACUAAACGAGGUUUUACGAUCAAGGCGUUCAAGUUCUUCCCGAAGGACCGCAAAAUGGCGCUCGUUCAAUUGCCGUCGAUCGACGACGCGGUGGCUGCGCUCAUUAAAAUGCACAACUACCAGUUAUCUGAAUCCAACCACCUCAGAGUGUCCUUCUCUAAAUCAAGCAUCUAA